AUGGAUCAGAGUUUUCUUGAGGAUGCUUAAGGUUUUAAGCCUGCGAUAGGAGUUCUUACUAUGUCACUGUCAGGUAAUAACAUUGGUGAAGGAGGGUAUGAUUAAUAUAUGCUGGGUGUCAAUAGAUAAUACGUGGAAUUGGCUGGAAAUGUUGCUGUGCCUAUCAGAUUUGAUUUGCCAGAAGAUGAAUUGCUAGCACUCUUAUCUCAGUUAAACGGAGUAUUGUUUACUGGUGGAAACUUAAUCUUGGUAAAUCCAAAGACAGGAGAACAUCAUUAGUAUUAUAAAACUGCCAAGACAAUCUUCUAAUAUGCUAAAGAUAUGAAGGACAAGCAUAAUGAUUAUUUUCCAUUGUUCGGGAACUGCUAGGGUUUCUAGGUCUUCUGCAUGAUAGUAAGUGGAGACUACAAAGACUUACUAACAGUCAUGCCAGCACUAAGUACUAUUCGAAAAAUAAUUUGGACUAGUGAUAGUAUCAAAUAAGAAGGUAAAAUGAUAUCUCACUUUAGUGAUGAACUGAUUUAAAAGAUGAGAGAGUAUCCACUAGCAAUCCAUGCACAUUAAUAUGCCAUUGAUAGCAGAGAUUUUGAGUAGUUUGAGUCAUUGAAAGCUUUUUGGAAAAUAUUAGCUGUAGAUGAAUUCCUAUUUGGAUUUAAGCAUUAUCCUACAAUCAUAGAAGCACACGAUUAUCCAAUCUAUGCAGUAUUGUUCCAUCCAGAGUACCAACUGAUGAAGCUAGACCCAAAAAGUCCUGUCUAUCACAGAAAUGAUUGGAGAGAAGAUACAGAUUUAAUAGCUUAGAAUUGGAGCUCUUUUAUAAGAAGUGAGAGUACUAAAUGCUCUCAUAGAGUGAGGAAAGAAGAACUUCAUAGAUUGGUGAAUGAGGGAAAGCAAGAAUUCGACUAUGUGUUCAUCCCGAACGUCUUUUCUUUGCCAGCUGUUCGCUAUCGCAAAGCAAUUGAAUGA